UUGCCAACAUGACUGUACUAGGAGUGUCAUUACUCUUCUGUGCUAUAAAUUUAAGCAUGGCCGCCGAGUCGCCGACGAUUCAGUUGAAUGAUGGCAGUAAGAUUCCUGUCGUCGCUUUGGGAACCGGCAGAGGAACUUCCAAAGGAGCAAAUAUAGAAGAAGUGAGAGAUGCAGUGCUCUGGGCAAUCGAAGCUGGGUACAGACACAUUGAUACAGCUGCGAUAUAUGGGGAUGAACCUCAAGUCGGGCAGGGUCUAGCCGAUGCGAUAGCUAAAGGCGUUGUUAAGAGAGAAGAUGUAUUUGUCACUACUAAGAUUUGGAACGACAAGCACCAUCGUGAGCAAGUAGUACCGGAGCUUAAAGAAUCAUUGAAGAGGCUUGGGUUGGACUAUGUCGAUCUUUACUUGAUUCACUUCCCUGUUGCUUCGAAGCCCGAUGGUUCUCCCGAUAAUGUGGAUUAUUUGGAAACUUGGCAAGGCAUGGAAGACGCAAAAGAACAGGGCCUGACCAAGUCUAUUGGAAUAUCCAACUUUAACGUUACGCAAUUGGAUCGAUUAAUGGCUAAUAGUAAGGUGAAGCCUGCUGUCAACCAAAUUGAGGUAAAUCCAACAUUGACCCAAGAACUACUAGUCUCUCAUUGCAAGAAGCUAGGCGUCGCAGUAAUGGCGUACAGUCCUUUCGGAUUCCUCGUAACGAGGAAACAUCACAUGGCACCAUCUCCAAGAUAUGAUGACCCAAUACUAAGAAAAAUGGCUGAAAAGUAUGGGAAGACUACUGGACAAAUUGUUUUGCGAUAUUUGAUCGAUCGAGGCCUCAUAAUAAUUCCAAAAUCGACCAACAAGGAACGCAUCGGACAGAACAUAGAUAUAUUUGACUUUAAACUUACAGAUGAAGAAAUUAAGGUUAUUGGCAACUAUAAUAAAAAUGUAAGAGUUAUUAACCCGAUUGCUUGGAAAGAUUAUCCUAAUUAUCCUUUCGAGAGGGAUUAGAAUAUUAAGAGAUAAUCUAUGUACACUUGGCUAUUAUAGUUCGUGG